GACAGAGGGUCAGGAAAAGAUAGCGAACAUUCAUACUAAGUACUUCGGAUGCAGCAGGGUAGAUACUAUGUUGUUUAUAAUUAGAAGAUCAGGAAACGGCCAAGAGCAAGAUGGCCGCGUCUUCAACAGGGGGCUUUCCGCGCAAGCUCUCCGAGCAGAAGCGACGAUGCAUGCAGAGCAGUUGUUUUUUCGAGCCGCUGCUUGAUUCUGCGACUCAGCAGGUGUUCGGAGGACAGUUCGGCGGCUCACAGUUAGAGGACGCGGCAUCACUGGAGGCGAUCGUCGCCGCGGGAUCGGGGACGCACGCCGCUGUCUAUGGAGAGCUUCCGUACACAAGCGCCACAAAGCUUUUUGUCGAUGGAGGGAUCUAUCCACCUGGUUUGUACGCCGACGACGUCUUUUGCGACCUCGGUUCGGGAACGGGGAAGUUGGUAAUGCAGGCUUUCCUCACCACGCGUGUGAGAAAGGCCAUCGGGGUCGAACUCGGGCGAAAAAGACAUGAAACGAGCCGGCUGCUGAAGCAGGAAGUACUGAAGAGGCUAUUCUGCCAGCGGAAGUCAUGGUCUCCUUCGACUAGCAACAGGGAAGUAGAAGUUACAUCUGAUAAUAGAGAAAAUUCUGCUACUGGCAAUCAGGAAGUGGAUGAUGAGUGGUUUUGCGACCAUGGGAUCGAGUUUCGGUGCGAUAAUAUUUUAACGACGGACGUGUCGGAUGCUACCGUGGUGUUUUAUUCCUCGCUGAUGUUUGACGAGGAGUUCAUAGACAAAAUGGCUGUAAAGAUAUCACGGGAGUGCACGAAACUCAGGUAUCUAAUUACGCUGACGCCAAUUGGCUGCUCCGCGUCGGGCCCGGGGUGUGAAGAUAAUCAUGUAGGAAAAUUAGGAUUGUCAUUGGUUGGGACUCCUAGAAUACGAAUGGGGUGGUCCGAUAAACAGCCAACCCACUCUACUCUUGGCUUACAGCCUGUUUACAUUUAUGUCAGAGCCACCUCUGCCGAAGCAAGACA